AAUAGUAAAUCCAAUUAAAUUUUUUUUUCAGCAAGGGACUGUUUCAGCAUGAAGCAUAAACACACAAAAACAUACAGGAUACAGUAUUUUAACAGGUGCUGCCUGGUGAUUACAUUUGAUUGCAUGAUAUCAGCAACUGCCCAAACUAUUUUGUGUUUAAUAUGUCCAAUAGACAUCUAAAUGAAGACAGCUUGGCUAAAACAAGGCUAAAUUUGGGCUGUCAGUGAAAAUCUAAUACAAUAGACCAAAAUUAAACUAGUUGUCAAAUAGAUUUAAUUAGACAGAAUUUUUAUGUGUAGUUAUUCAUUUCAGACUAGUCUAGUUUUGGCCUAUUCUUGACGUCUAUUAGAUUUUCAUUGACAGCCCAAAAUUUUGUUUUGUUUUAGCUACAACGACUAUGUUUAGACAUCUAAACACAUUUAAAAACAAAAAACUGCUUGCUGGAAGUAGUAAUGAGAAUGGGAAGAAUAGAAAGUAAAUGAAAUAAACAAUCUGAAUCGACAGCUGUGGACAUACAGGAAAGGGUGUGAGUUUGUCAGACUCUGCACAUUUCCCUCAGUUACUUUACCCAGCAAAAAGUGUUCAGACAACAUGUGUGACCUUCUUUGUCUUAUCUUGCUCUGUUUAAUUUCUCCUAAAGGUAAGCUACAACAUUUGACCCCUUAUUUAUGCAAAUGAAUAUCUCUGUACCUAAAUCUAGAGUCGUGUUUUUAGAGUUUCAGUACAGCAUGAGUGUAAUGUUUGUACAGUAAGUCUGAAUCCUCUUGCAGUGAUGGCGGGUACAGUCUCUCAGUUUCCUCCAUCAGUGAAGGUGAGGUCGGGUGAAACUGUCUCCAUGCUCUGCCAGAUGAGUGAGGUAAAGUCAUUCUGUCACACAGUGGCCUGGGUGAGAGUUCAUCCAGUGAGUGGAGUAAUAGACAUUCUGCAGGACACAAAGACACCUCAUGAGUCUAAAGAUCUGGAGGAAAACACUGUGUGCCAGGCCUUCCUCUUUAACGCAACUGUCCAGGAUUCUGGGACAUAUUACUGCAUCGCAACAGACCGUGACCAAAUGUAUCUUCGUCUUGGAAAUGGCACAGCUAUCACUGUACAAGCUGACAGCACUGAAAUGGCGUCCAUUGAAAUCAUGGCAUUUACCAGCAGCAACAACCACGACCCUACAGUCACUCUUCAGUGUACACUCAGUGGAUUUGCUCCAUCACAGGUCAGUAUGUACUGGCUCAUAGGGAGCAGACGAGAAAAUGGACAAACUUUAUUUGUUUGGGAUGAAGGUAAGGAGAACUCGGUGAAAACCCAGAAUUAUGUGGACAUAUCAGAGGAGGAGUGGAAAACAGGAACAGAAAGCACCUGCAUUGUGAAUCUUGGUGGACGGACCUUCACCAAAACUCUCAAUCAUGAUGAUAUCCAGGAGACCUGCUAUCCUGUCAUCAGUGUAACUAGAUUAUUUGCAUUUGUCACAGCUCUACUCUUUUACAUGACAUCAUUAAUAUUAGCACAUCGCUUCUAAUCCCAAGAAAUUCUUAUGUAAGUCUAAAAUCCAAAAACAUCAAAGAAAAUUGAUUUGUUACAAAAAAAUGUAAUGUCAAUAUGAAUAAUACUGCGUUAAAGGACUUUUCUGUUAAUGAAUCGACAAUCAAACUAGUGAAAUAAUGUAAAGUGCUCUACACAGCAAAUUCAUCAGAGUUAAAUUCUCGGUGUUG